AUGGCUGCACACGGACGCUUCACGGAGAGUGCUGCCACGCAGCGCCUCGUCAGAGAGGUACAGUUUGGCGUUCUAAGCCCGGAUGAGAUUGUAAGUGGGCCACUCGUGCAGAUGCCUAUGAACUCCGCGGUGGAUGGCAGUGUGGGGGCGAAACGUGCCAUCCGUAGCGAUGAAUGACCCUCGUCUUGUGGAAGGAUAAUGUUCCCAUCGAACCAAUGAAGAUGGCAGUCUUCAUCGGCACGCACCCUACGUCCUGCUGACGCAGUCCGUUCGUCAUUCCACUUCAUCGCACCAGCGAGCCAUGUCUGUUCUCAAGGUUGAGCACCCUGAAACGCUGGACGAGAAUGGCAAGUACAAAGUGGGCGGUCUUUCGGAUCCUAGACUCGGUACCAUCGAUCGCAACUUCAAGUGCCAGACGUGCGGCGAGGGAAUGGCCGAUUGUCCAGGUCACUUUGGGCACAUCGAGCUUGCUCGCCCCGUAUACCAUCAGGGGUUCAUCAAGCUGAUCAAGAAGAUCCUUGAGUGUGUCUGCCUUCGUUGCGGCAAGCUGCUGGCUGAUGAGGUGAGUGCAGACUCUCUGGCUGCGGCACGUCUUUAACACCUCCUGACAUUCAUUGGGCGCUUGGUGAAUUAGCACACCGAUCCGGUGUUCAAAGCUAUCCUGGAACGUACGCGAGGGCCGAAGGCGCGCAACAAGCGAUUGCAGGCAGUGUGGGCGCACUGCAGCAAGAUUUCCGUGUGCCAGACAGACGACCUGAAGGAGGAGGAUCCACUUGCAGAUGUUCAGGUCGAGGUGCUCGGACAUCAUGGAUGCGGACACGUCCAGCCCAAUAUCAGGCGUAAUGGGCUAGAGAUAAACACCGUUCCUAAGAAGGGCAGCAAAGUGGAGGACGGCGAGGCGGCGGAGGAAGCUGACAAGAAAGGCAGUUCUCAACCGAACAAAACGAAGUUCUCUGCUGCUGAUGCACAGCAACUCUUGAAGAAGAUGAGCGACGAGGACAUCGAGCGCCUGGGCUUGUCCACUGUCGAUGCACGUCCCGAGUGGAUGAUCCUGACUGUCUAUCCUGUUCCUCCUCCUCCUGUCCGUCCGGGAGUCGCGGAAGGCACUACAGGCAAAGGAGAGGACGAUUUGACUUACAAACUUGCAGACAUCAUCAAAGCGAGCGCUCAACUCAAGCGCUUCGAAAACGAAGGCGCACCUGCUCACAUCAUUUCAGAGUUCGAGCAAGUUCUACAAUUCCACUGCGCAACUCUCAUGGACAACGAGUCGGCCGGUAUACCAAAGGCCAUGCAGAAGUCAGGACGACCGGUGAAAUCGAUCCGUGCAAGACUGAAAGGCAAAGAGGGGCGUCUGCGUGGGAAUCUCAUGGGCAAGCGCGUGGAUUUUUCAGCGCGUACUGUCAUCACUGGUGACCCCAACUUGGAGCUUGAUCAGGUUGGAGUGCCCAAAAGCAUCGCACGCAACUUGACCUAUCCCGAAAAAGGUGAACACGAUUGAGCGCCAUGAUCAAGAUUUGGUGUUACUGACCUCGUUGUGUCCUCCUUGCAGUCACUCCGUACAACAUCAAGGACCUGCAGGAGCUUGUUCGACGAGGACCAACCGAAUGGCCGGGUGCUCGUUACGUGAUACGUGACACUGGAGAGCGCAUUGAUCUCAAGUACAACAAACGAUCAGACAUGGCCUUGCAGUAUGGCUGGACGGUGGAGAGACAUCUCAGGGAUGGGGACUACGUUCUGUUCAAUCGUCAACCAAGUCUUCACAAGAUGUCCAUGAUGUGUCACCGUGUCAAGCUCAUGGACUUCUCGACUUUCCGACUCAAUCUAUCUGUCACGCCACCCUACAACGCUGACUUCGAUGGUGACGAGAUGAAUCUGUAAGUGGAAAGCUAUGGUGUUGCGCUGGACGAUUGCAUUCCAGCCUAACGAGGAGGUCGCGGCUCUACCUUUAGGCACGUUCCUCAGAGCGAGGAGACCCGAGCUGAGCUCAGUCAGAUCGCUUGGGUACCGAGACAGAUCGUAUCCCCACAGGCAAACAAGCCAGUCAUGGGCAUUGUGCAAGACACGCUCUGCGGCAUUCGGAAAUUUACGCUUCGCGAUUGUCUUUUGGACUAUGACGCGGUUCAGAACCUACUGCUUUGGGUGCCUGAGUGGGACGGCACCGUGCCCAUGCCUUGCAUCAUCAAGCCUAAGCCGUACUGGUCGGGCAAGCAAUUACUGUCUCUCUGCAUCCCAAAGGGCAUCAAUGUCAGCAACGGAGGAGUCAUCAACCGCCAGAAGUGCAACGUCGAUGACAGCGCCGUGGCCAUUGAGAACGGCGAGCUGCUCACCGGCGUGAUCAAUAAGAAGGUGGUCGGUGCAGUUGCAGGUGGAUUGAUCCACGUCAUCUUCAGAGAGCGCGGACCCAUCGUCUGCCGCGACUUCUUCGGUGGUGCACAGCGUCUUGUGAACUACUGGCUGCUGCACAACGGAUUCAGCAUUGGUAUUGGCGAUACCGUCGCAGACGACAACACCGCGAAGAAGAUCACGGACGAGAUCAUGAACGCCAAAGCCAAAGUGGCGCAUCUGAUCGACGACGCGAAGAACGACAAGCUGAGGACCAAGCCGGGCAUGACUCUCCGAGAGUCGUUCGAGGCUGAAGUCAAUUCCAUCCUCAAUAAAGCGCGUGAUACGGCCGGUACAGAAGCGGAAAGAGACUUGCCGGAUUGGAAUAAUGUGAAGCAAAUGGUCAUUGCCGGUUCCAAAGGUUCUUUCAUCAAUAUCUCUCAAAUGUCUGCCUGCGUCGGCCAGCAAAGCGUCGAGGGCAAGCGCAUUCCCUUCGGAUUCCGCCAUCGCAGCCUGCCGCACUUUACAAAAGACGAUUUCAGUCCCGAAUCUCGUGGCUUCGUCGAGAACUCCUACAUGCGUGGUCUGACUCCUCAAGAGUUCUUCUUCCACGCCAUGGCGGGUAGAGAAGGUCUGAUCGACACAGCCGUCAAGACGGCUGAGACCGGAUACAUUCAGCGGCGUCUCGUCAAAGCGCUCGAGGAUGUCAUGGUCCACUAUGACGGUACGGUGCGGAAUUCGACCAAUAGCGUCAUCCAAUUCGCCUAUGGAGAAGACGGUAUCGACGGUGCUAUGGUCGAGCGCCAGCAUCUCAUCACACACCGCUUGACGGACAAGCAGUUCCACGAUCAAUUUCACGUGGAUCUGCACGAAGCAAAUGGUGGCUACAGGCCGGGAACACUCCUUCCAGGCCUGGCAGAAUGGUCUCCAGAGCUUCAAUCCCUGGUCGACGUGGAGUGGGCUCAGCUUUGCGAAGACAGAAACCUCUUGCGCUCUUUCAUUUUCAAGACUGACCGCAACGACGUGCAGCUGCCAAUGAACAUCGCGCGCCUGAUCGUCAACGCGAAGCAAGAGUUCCGCGUUGACGACCGCAUGCCCACCGAUCUCUCACCAGCUAAGAUCAUCACGGAUCUACGCACUUUGCUCGACAAGCUUGUCGUGGUGCGUGGAGGAGAUGCUAUCUCGCGCGAGGCGCAAUUCAACGCCACCAUCUUGUUCAAGACCCAUCUGCGAGCCACAUUCUGCAGCCGAUACGCCAUCGAGCGCCUUCAUCUCAAUAGCGAGGCGUGGGACUACAUUCUGGGCGAGAUCGAAAUUCAGUUCGCGAAGUCUGUGGUUGCUGCUGGCGAGAUGUGCGGCACCCUCGCUGCUCAGAGUAUCGGAGAGCCAGCUACGCAAAUGACGCUCAACACCUUCCACUACGCUGGUGUAGCGAGUAAGAAUGUGACACUUGGUGUACCUCGCCUCAAGGAAAUCAUCAACUGCGCGGAGAACAUCAAGACACCUUCCCUCGCCGUGUAUCUCACCCCAGAAUACAGCGGCAGCGAGGAGCAGGCCAAGCGUAUCACUGCGCAUCUUACCCAUACUACGCUGCGCACCGUCACGGAGGGUGUUGAGAUCCAUUUUGAUCCGGAUCCCUCAGCGACGAACAUCGAAGAGGACCGUGACUUCGUCGAAGCUUUCUUUGCCAUUCCUGACCCGGAGAUGGAAGCAUCCUUGCCAAAGCAACAGUCUUGGCUGCUCCGCCUCAUUCUGAGCAGAAAGGAGAUGCUCAACGCUGAGCUGACAAUGGCAGAGGUCGCCGCGAAGAUAUCGGAGAAGCUUGGCGAAGAAGUUUUCGUCAUGCACAGUGAAGACAAUGCAGACAAGCUGGUUCUGCGCAUUCGUGUCGUCGAGAACGAGCACGAUAAAGAGGCUGAGGGGCAGGAGGACGUUCUACUGCGCAAGAUUGCGGACCUCAUCCUUGGAGACCUCGAUCUCAAAGGUGUCACGGGCAUCAAAAAAGUGUUCAUUGUCGAGCAAGACAAGACGCAUCAACGCAUCAAUGCUGAGGGUGGGUGGGAGCCUGUCAAAGAGUGGAUGCUCGACACCGACGGAUCCAAUCUGAAGGAGGUACUGGCGGUCGAAGGUGUCGACAAGGUCCGCACAGUGUCAAACAACUGUGUCGAAGUCUUCAAAGCCUUUGGGAUUGAAGCUGCUAGAUUGUCCCUGUUGCGCGAAGCCAAAGCAGUCAUCGAGUUCGAUGGGUCCUACGUCAAUUAUCGCCAUCUGGCCCUGCUUUGCGACCUGAUGACUACGCAAGGCCAUCUGAUGGCGAUCACCCGUCACGGCAUCAACAGGACCAAUCAAGGCGCCCUCAUGAGAUGCACCUUCGAGGAGACGGUCGAAAUUCUGAUGGAUGCCGCUUCUACCGGUACCCUCGACGAUUGCAAGGGCGUCGCAGAAAACGUCUUGCUCGGUCAGAUGGCCCCCAUGGGCACUGGGGCAUUCGAGGUGCACCUCGACGUAGAUCAACUCAAGGACGUCAUCGUGGACUUGCGCCACACCCAAGCAGCUGCGAUGAACGCUAGCUUCAAUGCUCAAAACGGCAGCAAGACCCCGGGCGGGGCCCUCACGCCUUACGACUCCUCCAGCCCGUCGAGCGGCUAUAUGAUAGACGACGCUGGAAGCGGUGGCUUUGCUUUCUCUCCUUUGGCUAUGCAACAAGAAGAGCAGUAUAGCGAUUUCCUCGGUACUGGAACUACGCCGAUGCGAACGCCAAUGGGAGGUUACUCUCCGGGUCAAGGUCUCGGAUACUCCCCUUCCAGUCCAAUGGGCUACUCGCCAGCAUCGCCGGCGUAUGCAGCUACUAGCCCAGCCAUGGUCAGCCCUUGGGUACCGGGCGGUGCAGGCGGCACAAGCCCAGGCUACAGUCCCACUAGUCCUCGCAUCAACUUUGGCAAUGGUCCCACCUCGCCAAGCUUUUCGCCUGCGUCGCCAAGCUUCUCCCCCUCGUCGCCGAGCUACUCUCCGCUCAGUCCCCGCGCCAAUGGAUCGCCGACGAGCCCAUCUUGGAGUCCCACGAGCCCACAGUUCAGUCCCACGAGUCCACAGCAGCAGUACUCGCCCGCCUCGCCCAAGUGGAGCCCAACCUCGCCGUCGUAUUCGCCGACGUCGCCCCAAUACUCGCCCACUUCGCCGCGAGGUGCUGGUGGACGCUUUGGACCUACAAGCCCUGCCUACUCGCCGACGUCGCCUACUUAUAGCCCGGCAUCGCCAUCGUACUCGCCAACGAGCCCACGUCACGGAGGUCCAACGUCUCCGCAGUACUCUCCGACGUCGCCUUCAUUCUCGCCGACCUCGCCCCAGUACUCACCAACGUCUCCUCAAUACUCCCCCACGUCACCACAGUAUUCGCCGACUUCUCCUCAAUUCUCCCCCACCUCGCCUAUUGCUGGCGGCGCGGCUUCGCCUGGUGGUGCAACGUCGCCACAACGCAGGUCCCGCUUCAAAGAAGGCGGAUCACCAUGGGCAUCGCGCCGCUAA